GAUUUCAUCAUCCAGAAGCUGGUUAAAAACACUGCUUAUUAUGUGGGGCUGUCAGACCUACAGGGAAAAAAUAAUUGGCAAUGGGUUGAUCAGACACCAUACAAUGAAAGUGUCACAACUCUACCCUGGGGGAAAAAAAAAAAUGCAAGAGGCUGCUGAGACUGCUGGUCUACCCAAUCCCUGAACCAUAAGGGAUUUAACAUACCAUGGGGCAAGAAGAACCGAAAGACAAACAAGGAGGCCAGCAUUCCCAGCUGAUCCCUUGGGCCAUUGCUAUUUUUUUCAUGUCACUUCUAAGCGCCUGUUUUAUUGCAAGUUGUGCGGUGACUUAUCACAACUUUCUACGCUGUAAGAGAGGAAUCAGAGGUUUGUGGUCACGGGAGCACCACCCAAGGCUGACAUGCGUCAGAGAGAAAUCAGAACUGAAAGGGGGCACCUGGAAUUGCUGUCCUGAGGGCUGGAGAGCCUUCCAGUCCAAUUGCUAUUUCGCUUUUCAUGACAGCAAGACAUGGGCUCAGAGUGAAAGGAACUGCACAGAGCUGGGGGCGCAUCUGGCCACCAUCAGCACAGAAGCUGAGCAGAACUUCACUACUCAAUUUUUGGAAAAACAAUUUUCAUAUUUCCUGGGACUUAGCAGUGAGAACCAUGAAGGCCAGUGGCAUUGGGUGGACAAGACACCAUUUAAUCCACAGAUGGUAUUCUGGCAUGAAGGUGAACCCAACACCCAUCAGCGAGAAAACUGUGUCGUUCUUGUUAAUGAGCAAGACAAAUGGGGCUGGAAGGAUUUUUCUUGUAAACUUGAGACAAGCAGGAUCUGUAAGAUACCUGGAAUAGCCUUCAGCUAGGAACCUGUGAAGGGGUCCUUGUGAAGAGGACAGACAAGAACCAACGGGCACAAUGUACAUGCAUCAUUGGGACACAGAACAUUCUGGGUCAUAGAACAUUGUCAGGCAUGAUGGCCUUAUUUAUUUUUGUUUGGUUCAUUCAAGGUAAUGUGUUUUUGUGUGGCGUUUUGGUGGCAACAAUCAUUCUUUUCUAUGAGACUCAAUUUUCAUUAACUUUGCUUUUUUGAUGGCAGUUCAAGGUAUUUGCUUUUCAUUUGGUGUUCAUUGAUGAUGGAUCUAAGAGUGGCGUGAAGGGUACAACCUCUAAGUCAUUGCUUCUUCUGCUUUGAAUCUUAAAAGUUCCAAGGUGGGAUAUUCUGACUUGUAGUGGUGUACCCGUUUUUUUAAUCCAAAUAUCACAAACCCUUUAAAGUUUUAAAACAUUUUUAUUAUAUGAUGCUUCAUUUUCAGACCUUUCAGUAGUAUAGGUCAUUAAUUGAUAUUCCAUGCGCAAAAUAUUUUCUGAAAAACACUAUAAAAUAAUUAGAAAAAAAAAGGCUAUUUACUUUAAAAAAAAUUUACUUCUCACUCCACUUUAAAUGCCUUCCCAUGGUGAGGAGUCUCCAGCUGACUUAAUUUCUUUUUGAGUGGAAAAGGGCCUGAGAGGCUGCCUUAACCAAACUCCUUUAAUUCUGUAGACCAGAAAACAAAACCCUUGGGAAGCCAAAGAGCUAACUAACCCUCUCACAGCUAGUUUAUAACAGAAACAGGACAGUGGC